UUCAUCACAUACUCACCACCAUUGGCAUUGAUGAAUUUGGAUUGAGCCCCCAUGGCUUCAGCUAGGUCUCCCUUUCUGGGCUCAACACCUUUCCAUUUCUGGAACCAAUCUGCAAUCCGAACCCCUAGAAGCAGACCCGUUGUUAGGGUCUCUGUCAUCAAAUCUGAAUCCAAUGUGCGCAAGCAAGACAUCGUCAUCGUCGGCGGCGGCAUCGCUGGCCUCGCCACCGCCCUCUCCCUUCACAGGCUCGGAGUUCCUUCAGUGGUGCUUGAGCAAGCAGAGUCAUUGAGAACCAGUGGAACUUCCCUCACUCUUUUCAAGAACGGAUGGAGAGUACUUGAUGCCAUUGGAGUAGCCAACGAUCUCAGACCUCAAUUCUUAGAAAUCCAAGGGAUGGUGGUGAAGUCGGAGGAUGGUAGGGAGCUCCGCGCCUUCAAUUUCAAGCAAGAAGAUCAAAGCCAAGAGGUACGUGCAGUGGAGAGACGAGUACUACUGGAGAACUUGAGCGAGAAGCUUCCAAAAGACGCGCUUCAAUUCUCCUCGAAGCUAUCGAACAUUGAAUCCACUCCAGACGGUGAUUCCUUGUUGCAUCUUGUCGAUGGCUCAAAGCUCCUCGCAAAGGUAGUAAUAGGGUGCGACGGGAUUCGAUCCCCAAUCGCUAAAUGGAUGGGAUUCUCCGAGCCCAAAUACUCGGGUCACUGUGCAUUUCGUGGGCUUGGGUUUUACCCAAAAGGCCAGCCCUUCGGCCCAAAUGUCAAUUACAUUUACGGCAGAGGACUUCGUGCUGGAUACGUCCCUGUUUCUCCCACCAAAGUUUACUGGUUCAUCUGCUUCAAUUCUCAGUCUCCAGGUCCAAGAAUCACUGAUCCAUCGGUGCUGAAGAAGGAAGCGAAACAACUAGUGGCAAAGUGGCCUUCAGAGCUUACGAACAUAAUAGAGUACAGCCCAGAUGAGACGGUGAGUAGGACCCCACUGGUAGACAGGUGGCUAUGGCCGGGACUGAGUCCGGCUGCUUCCGCCGGCAGAGUGGUGGUGGUCGGAGAUGCGUGGCACCCCAUGACUCCGAACCUUGGUCAGGGUGGUUGUUGUGCGCUUGAGGAUUCAGUGGUUCUUGCUACCAAGCUCGCAAGAGCGAUCAAGUCUCGUGAUGAUGCUGAAAUCGAAGCAGCUUUUACGUCUUAUGGGAGUGAGAGAUGGCCACGUGUGUUUCCCUUAACGAUACGUGCAAGCCUCGUUGGGUCUAUUUUGCAGUGGGAUAACCCGGUGGUGUGUUCUGUUAGGAAUAAUGUUGUCUUGCCUAAGCUUGUCAGGCUUGGCCCAUUGCUGGAACAUACAAAUUUUAGUUGUGAACCCCUGUGAGCAUACAUAUAUUUUGUGAUUGUUAUGUGUGGUAAGUUGCUUCUGAAUCUGGAAACACUGGAAGCACCUGUAAAGUCUUACGUUUACCAGAUCAGAUCAUUGUAUAUUUGUAUUGUAUGAUCAGAAUUUCGACCCAAUAUAUGCAUUAGUAGAA